GGGCGGCCGCUGACCCGCGUGUGCGUCGGAUGAGGGGUCGGCCGCGGGUAGGGGUCUCGGCGUUGGUCUGACGGUUAACAGCUGUCGGCGCCGCGGCCUCCUCCUCUUCUCCGGUUCCCUUCUCCUGCGGUGGCCGAGUUGCCGGGCAGCGACCGGGACACUGCAAUGGAGAGUACGGUAUCUGUCACGUUCCUCGUAUUAUUUUUCAUACUGUUGUGUGAAAGUUAUCAUCACGGAGUGGAGACGACUACUGUUGUGCAAACACUGGAGAGAACUUUUCCAGAAAAGGCAGCUGGCAUUAACGACGACUUGGCAGGAUUAAGACAGAAGCACCACCUUCAGGAACUUUUUAAUCGAUAUGGAGAAAACAACUCUCUCACGAUUGAAGGAUUUAAAAAGCUGAUCCAGAACAUAGGUAUUGAUAAAAUGAAAAGGAUUAAAAUAGAUCAUAACCAUGAUCAUGACCAUGAUCAUCAUCUUCAUCAUAGCCAUGUUUCCUUGAGUAAGAACUCUGAGAAGUCUGUUUGUCCAAACCACGAAUCUGAUGCUAACAAAGACCUCAGGAACAAUCAUUCAAAGGAACCUCAUAAAGCAGAGAAUGUAGAUCAUCAGCACAAUUUCGUCCACAGUAAGAACACCGUUAAUGAAAUAACUGGGUCUAUCAACACUACUCCCACAGAUAGCAGUUCUGAACUGCAGAAUUUGGAACCUGCAGAAGGCAAGCCCGUUGCUCAUGUGGGCCUGGCUGGCUCUAACACCAUUAAUAUCACAGAUGGAAGCAGUACGAGUUGGCUUGCGAACACCAAGGCAAAUGAAUCUCUUGUUUCUCCGAAGGAAUUGGAAAAAGGAAGUUACCUGUAUUCUAAACUUAAAAACCCAAAUGCCCAAGAGUGCUCCAGUGCAUCAAAGCUGAUGCAGUCCCAUGGGAUAAGCACUGAAGUAUUGUUGUCUGCCACAGAAUUUAGCUAUCUCUGUCCAGCUCUUAUUAAUCAGAUUGAUGGGAAAUACUGCAUAGUCCAUGCAAGUAGUGAAAAAGCUGAAACUCCUCCAAAAGGUUAUUCUCUGCAAAUAGCUUGGAUUGGUGGCUUUAUAUCCAUCUCAGUCAUCAGUUUCCUUUCUUUAUUGGGGGUUAUACUGGUACCUUUGAUGAAUCGUGUGUUUUUCAAAUUUCUUCUAAGUUUUCUUGUGGCAUUGGCUGUGGGGACUUUAAGUGGAGAUGCCUUCUUACAUCUCCUUCCGCAUUCUCAUGGAAAUCACCACCAUCACCAUGAGAAACCUCCACUUGAACAGAACAAAGGUCCACUGUUCAAGCAUCUUGUUUUUCAAAGUACAGAAGAGAGCGCUUACCUGGAUUCUACAUGGAAGGGGCUUACAGCGCUGGGAGGCUUGUAUUUCAUGUUUCUAGCGGAGCAUUUGAUCACUUUAAUAAAGCAGUUUAAAGACAAGAAGAAAAAGAAAAAAAAUGAAGAUGAUGGAGAAAGUAAGAAGUUUUCAGCGAAUGAAGAAAAGUUAGAUACAGAUGAUCGGUCUGAGGGCUAUCUAGGGACAGACUCACAAGAUCCAUCGCCCUUCAUUUCUCAGCAGCCAGCUGUGCAAGAAGAAGAAGAAGUCAUGAUAGCUCAUUCUCAUCAAGAGGAGGCUGACAAUGAAUACGUAUCCAGGGGCUGUAGGAACAAAUGUCAUUCUCACUUACACGAUACUCUCGGACAGACAGAUCAUCUGAGCCAUCACCACCACGACUACCAUCACAUUCUUCAUCACCAUCAUCAUCAGAACCAUCAUCCACACAGUCACAGUCAGCGCUACUCACGUGAAGAGCUGAAGGAUGCUGGAAUAGCAACUCUAGCAUGGAUGGUGAUUAUGGGAGAUGGACUGCACAAUUUCAGUGAUGGCCUAGCAAUUGGAGCAGCCUUUACUGAAGGCUUAUCAAGUGGUUUAAGCACGUCUGUGGCUGUGUUUUGCCAUGAAUUACCUCAUGAGCUAGGAGAUUUUGCCGUACUUCUCAAAGCUGGUAUGACUGUCAAGCAAGCUGUGCUUUACAAUGCUCUGUCAGCGAUGUUGGCCUAUCUUGGAAUGGCCACUGGGAUACUUAUUGGUCAUUAUGCAGACAAUGUUUCCAUGUGGAUAUUUGCACUUACUGCUGGGUUAUUCAUGUAUGUGGCGCUUGUAGAUAUGGUGCCUGAAAUGCUCCACAACGAUGCGAGUGAUCACGGAUGUAGCCGCUGGGGAUACUUCCUGUUACAGAACGCUGGGAUUCUCUUGGGUUUUGGGAUAAUGCUGCUCAUCUCAGUGUUCGAACAUAAAAUUGUAUUCAGCAUAAACCUGUAAUCUUCUUUGCCGGGGUAGAGCUUGGUGUUAAGUUAUAACUGGUAGUUGUUUUUCUAUUCCAUAACGGAGGGGUACGCUUGGUAUAGUCUAGGUAUUUUUAUUGUUGUGUUUUGUUGUUGUCCUUGGGUCUUUCAGUCCCCCAACCCUUUUCUCUCCCAUAGAAAUGAAAACUGUAAGGAUUUUCACUCGGAAUGUAGUAUUGCAUACGGUACUGUGGCAAGGCAAACUUAGUAAGUCAUAGUGAGUGCCAAAUCUAUUAAUGCAGUAUCACCCGUGGUGGGGGUCGAGGUGUUUUUGUGAAUUUAUUUACUGUAUGUAAAUAUAUGCAACAGUGGCAUUUUUUUUUUACUUCAUGGUUUUGUUGGUAUAAAGAAAUAAGAUGUCAGUGGUUCUUAUUCUAGCACAGUUGAAAUCAGUGAACAGAGAGCACAGUGAGCAGUGUAAAACAACAAAGACAAGCAAAGACAUGCAAAGGUAGCAUGGGUUUAUACUGGUAGGAACCGAUCUCUUCCCUGUCCACCUUGUUUACAGGGGGUGGCAGGUGAGCUCGCUCCAUCCUCUUGGUGGUGCUUCUCCUGGUGGAUUCUGUUUCCUAUUCCAGUCGGUUUCUGCUGCAAAUGAUUUCAUGUGAAAUGGUUUGACUGAAGUGUUUGCAACAAGUACGCUUUACCUGUUUCAUCCCUGCUGAUGGGAGUUACUCUUCACUGAUUCCUCAAAUUGGCAACAAUAGCACGGCUAUUACAUCAUAAAAGCGUGGCUGUAGAUGUAGUAUACUUGAAUGCCAUUAAAGAGACUUUUAAAGUAGUGCUCUAUCACAUUUACGCUGCCUGAAAUGGCAAAGUUAUAUCACAGUGUUUGAUAUCAAGGGGAGUAGUGUUAGUAGUAGUCCUUUGCUACAACAGCCUUCCUGAUUUAGUUUGGGAAAUGGGAUGACUGGCAGAGCUGCCUGUUGGCAGGAAGUAUUUGAUGAUCCCACGUCUGACAAGUUAAAGCAGUCUGGCAUAUGGUGGUCUGUCAUUAAAAUGAAAGCCAAAACUGUCACAUCAAAAACGGGCAUUUGGAAUGAGUGGAAAGAUUUGGGGUUUUUUUGUUUGUUUGUUUUUAACUGGUUGAGAAACAAAGUCUGCAGGCAGCAGGCUGUAAGCUUUCCCCCCCCCUUCAUUCUUUACUCAGGUUAACUGGACAGAUUUAUUUAAACUUCUUUCCACGGGACAAAAUACUGUUCUAUCAAUGUUUCUCGAGCACGCCAGAAUAAUCAGUGUAGAUCUGUUAAGGUUCUGAUGCCAGAGCUCAUACUGAAGGCUAAAAUAAGAAUAGAUUUCUUCAGACUUCUCUGUGGUGAAUAGUUACCCUUUAUUUUUUUUAACUCUGAAAUAUGCAUUGGCUUGAGCUUCAUUUCUGUGCUUUUUUUUUAAAAGGUCAGAUAUCAAUCUCUCCAUAACAGUGGAAAAUCACAGAGGGAAAAUUAGUGUGCUCAGUAAAAUAUUUACAGCAUCCAAACUGGGAGCCGAAGAAAAAGGAGCAAACCAAGCUCAUUUUUCCUGUCCUGAAAGAGGUUACAAAUCUGAAGGCUGGGAGAAUUCUGAUGAUGAUUCCAUUGCAGCUUUUGAAAGCAGAGUGAGCAGAGCUCGUUACCAUUCUCCAGAUUGCCUGAUCUGUAUGGGCGAUCUCAGCCUCAAAGGAAACGCUUGUUUCUUGAAUCCUCCUGUAGUCAGCAUUUGGCCAAUGCCUUUGGAACAGGAUUUGUCUUGUUUCCUUUGAAGUCAGGAGGCAGAGGAAAGCUAAUGCAUCCUAAGGGGAGCACUAAGGUGUGUUGGGGUCUUAUCCAACUCCAGCAGAUCUGCACAUUAUGAACCUGUGAGCAGUUGUUAUGAGAGAAGAACAGGCUUCUCUUUUAGAGAGCUCACUUCAUCUCUAACAAGAAUACUGACAAAAUACAGGUGCAUCCUUUCCCUUCAUCAAGUGCUUUUUUUUUUUUUUCUUUAUUCUACACUUCUGCCUUUGGUUAACCCUCUGUACUUCCUUCAGAAGCACACCUCUGAGCAAACAGCAGAUGGAGGCUGUCAGAAGGAGUCCUGCAGUUUGUGGUGCAGAGGAACCAUACUGUGGUACAACAGCCACCUGCUACAUUUUUGUAGCAUCUCCUUGAUCUGCCAUUCUGUGCUACCUCUGUUUGCUGGUUCUCACAGCAGUCUUAUUCUAGUGUUCCCAAGGCUGAAUUAGAAAAGUUACAUGUAUCCCACCUGUUGCUUCCUUUUCUUCCCUGCUUAUAAACUGUUAGCUCACUUGAAGUUGCUCUGAAGAGAAAGUAACUUCAAUUUCUUUCAAACAGUCUAAAUUCUUAUGGCGCUUCUGUCCUUACCUGUGUUAGGACCGUUUCCAAACUGUCAUAGCUAAAACUGUGCCUACAAGCCCCACAGCUGAUCUUCUUUUCUUCGCGACCCCAAGUGCUUGAAUGUCAUCAUCUUUGACUUGUGGCAAGCUGUUCAGUUUCUGGCAUGUGCGCAUCACUGCCACCUUCAGAAAAACAAGGAAGUCUAAAAGAACACUCCCAUCCCCUCAUACCCCCAUAUCAAAACUGAAGCUUCCAUGCCUUGAACAGUUGGUGCCUUCUCUACUGACCUCUAUUCUGAGUGGUCCCAGUCAGUCCAGAUCUUUAGAACACGGCCGCUCUUCUUCCUCUGGAAGUCCCUUCUUGGUCUUGCAGAACUGCAGUUGGACAUGUCUGACUUGGUCCUGCCCUAAGUGGGUCUCGCCUUUCCUGGGGCAAUGGCACCAGUCAUUGUCAGAGCUGGUAUGCUCCAGUUCUGGCUCUCGCAUUGCUUCUCAUGAGGAAGAUGUGUUCCCAGGCAGAACACUCAGCAAGUCUUCUCUCCCUCUUCCUUCUGAGCCUCUCACAGCUCUGUUACAUGCACAAAUGCUGGAGCCUCCUGGUGGGUGCUGUAGGGUUUGGGCACUCUGUCUGUUGGUUGUCUUUUGCCUUCUGUCCCACAACCUCAGCCAUCAGAGAAAUGGGACAUGCUCAACUCCUUGGCUGUGAGCUGUUUCAGACUUGGGUGGCUUCUGACUCAGUUUCCUUUAAAUUUCUUGUGGUUUCUGUUGGCCUACAGCCUUAAUUGCUGAAGUCAGAAGGACUUCUCUUGUCUGUGUGAUAGAUGGGAGAUAGGAAGUGGGCACAUGGCUGGGUGUUGCCUGUGAGAUCAUUAGAUUGGUGACUAAACAUGUAUAAAUCCACAGCUUCCAGUCUGUGCUUCCUGUGAGUUGUUGUCUGGCUUGCGAUAAGAGAAACGGGCAUGAGAAUAUCUGCGUAUCAAAAUACAUUGCUAAUAGAUCAACAUGAAAAAUAAACCAGCCGGCAGCAUGUGUGGGAAGGAGGGUGAGAUGAGGUGGUGGUGAGCACUUGAGUUGGCUCGAUGUUCCAGCACAUUUGUCGGUGAUGGGGUGGUACCAGUGACUGCAAAGCAUUAUGAGAGGAAACCAAAGAUGGUCUGAAAUGUGCUGUUUGUGGCAGUGAGGUGACAAAGCUGGCUCACGUUUUCUUUGUCAGCCUUUAGCAGAAGCAAAGAUUCUACUUCUUAACGGUACUCGCGCUGAAAGUUCUCAUGCUCUGACAGAGGGAUGGAGCAGAGCCUCUAAGCUGCCUUUUAUUUUUAUGCAUUGAUGUUUCUGAGCAGCUUGUGGUAAUGUGCCCGCCUGCUGCGGCUGAUAAAUGGGAGCACCUUUCUUUUUGUGUCCUCGUUAACUAUAGUACAGAGCUGAGUGUUGCACGUGGCUGUAUCUGCCUUAUGUAGUGCCUACGUUGGCCUUGGGCAAACAGAGCAAGGAAGGAUGGACUCUUAAGUACGUGAUUUUCAUUGUGCCACAUUCUUUUUAAGCUUUUGGCUUGUCUUUGUACGUAGUAUCAGUCAUGUGCUGUCCUUACGUGCAGCAAGAAUUCCACUACACAUGCCAGUCCUUGCUUGAGUUCUUGGCCUGCCUAGGUCAAGCAGUGUGGCUGUUCUCUACUGAUGGGAGAUAUUGUGCAGGAGCACAAUGAACUGUGUUUGUUUAGAAUGCAUUUGAGGUUACAAAGUGGCUCUUCUGCUGCAUGAAUUCAGGGUCAAGCGUAAUUACAGCUUCUGUGGAAAACUAGUUUGUUCUGUUUGCCACAAAUAAUAGAACCAGAAACCCUGUUUUCAUGCAGUGUCUUCUUACUUGAAAUGUGGUUUUGGUACAUGUAAACAAUUGUUAGAGCUGUAAUUGUAUUUCUGUAUGCUUGAUGGAAUAAACCACUGAACAAAG